AUGUUUCGCAAGAAUUUUAAGGCCACUAUUUUCGAGCCAGCAUUCUCAAAUUGCUACCUCUCGGAUGACCGACCUCGGAAUGUAAAGAAGCCAGUCCAAUCCAGGUCAAUUCCAUACUUAUCGUUUGAUGACGAUUUGUAUCAAGAACAUGGAGCUCCGAGAGGAACAAAGAUCCCUUCCAAAUUCAAAGCCGUAAGACCCAUAUGCGAUUAUCUCGAGGAUGGUCCCACCUCGCUGGAGUAAGUGUAAACCAAAUCUAUUCUACCCUUGAUAACGAAAGCCAUGGACUAAUUGGCAACUAGAUUCUGGAAGUUCUUCAAGAUGUUGCCUGCGGAUCUUCGAAACAAAAUCUACAAGCUCCUGAUUUUCGCUUGGUCACCAGACGCACAAUGGGCUCGGCUUUCUCGUAACGGAAGGCGGUUCGGAGUAUCAAGAAGAAACAGAACACACCGCCCUCUCUCCACUUGCCACUAUGUGUCAGAUGAUCCACUAGGUUUAGAAAAAGAAGACUUGGUGGACUGGACAAGAGAUAAAGACUGGGAGCAAUCAGAGGGGAUGCUAGAUUUCUUCAAACUUAACGAGUAUCGGAAUAUCCAAAGGUUAGUAUGGUUUGUAGAGAGGGUGGAGUACGCCUUACAACUCGACGAGCGAAAGAGCAAGAAUGAGACUGGGGAGAACAAAGGAAAAAGCAAAGAAAUUCAAAAGGCUGCCAAUGAUGAAUACAUUAAUCUGUGGAAAGAGGUCGUUGACUUCUUCUGGGAUAAUGUCACAGUAGACUUUGGCGAACGCCUACAUUACGGGACUAUUGUCUUGAAGGAAUCUAACAGACAAAAAAAUGUAUUAUCAUUGUUCCCAUUCUCCUAGUCUAAACUGACAGCGUUGUAGGUACAGCAUCAGCAAUGUACAACGAAGGAUAACCAUGCGGAAGUUAGGCAUAUAUGCCUACGCCUGGAUACCGUUUGGCACUCCGAGGACCACACCACGCAUGAGCCGUUAUCAGAUCACUGCGAACUGUGUAGGUUUUUGCUUCUGUGCGAAUUUAUUACAGAGCAUUUUCAAAGUGUUAAAACAUUGCUUCUGUAUCUUUCUUUGUCUAUGAAUGCCGUGUACUGCUUCGGAGAAAACAAAAACGAAUUCGCUAAAGACGUUGUGGAUGCAAUUAGAGCAUUGAAAGUCAGUGAGGUAUUUGAUCUGAGGUUGCAGAUAGUAACUCAGGAGAACAGGAGAAUCGGAGACGUGAUCACAGUUGCUGAACGUGAUCUUGAUGCCUGGGUCAAAUCAUGGCGACAAUGGUUUCUUAACCAUUUGGAACCGUACAUGGUUCGAGAGAAUCAAAAGACCGAGCCCAAUUCGCCCAUUGAAGACACAGAUGAAGAAGCAUCUGAGAGUGAUUUGGUAUUCAGGGCCAAGCGAUAA